ACUGCCAUUACCUCAACCGAGAGUCGAUGUCAAUAUCUUGCGCUGUCUGUUAUACUGAAGCAAAGAAAAUAAUCCUUCUAGUCGAAAAAUCUUGGAAAUUGAAAUAUGUAAAGCUGGUUGCACUGUCACCCUUCCAUCUAUGGAUCAUGGGGCAAUGUCGAAUCCUGAAGGUCAAAUUGCUGCCUGAUGGAGAUGUUUGCCGCAUGACUACCUCCGCCGUUAAAUACACAAAUCUGUCCGUUUUACAGCUUUCGUGCUAAGACGAUAUAGGACCCCGUGGCGAUGAGAUAUUGUGACUGAUUGAUCCAGGGAUUGUCAGACAAAUCUCACAACUCCAGGCCGUAACAGGGUUCUGUUGUUCGUUCCCCUAUUUCGUAUUGAAGAAUUAGUCUAGAAGCCACUAUUCAAGUGCGGUCCCAUAAGAAGCUGCCAACUCUUGUACGGAACGCGACUCACUACACUCAGCCAUGACAGCCAACAUGGGCGUUUCCAUACAUACAGCAACGGAAGACGAUCUUGAUGCGCUCGUUGGACUCCAAUUUCGCGCAUUCGGCGAGUUCGACGAGCUCGUGGCCGGCCGGAACACGCCUGAGAAUCGAGCCAUCAUGGUCAAGCGACAUAUUCAGCACAUGCACGCAAAUCCCGGGCUCGUCAUCGCAAAGGCACAACUCCCUGACGGCACAAUCGCAGGUUUCUGCAUGUUUUAUUUCCCGAACGCGGCGGCCUCGUCCGAUCUGGAGCGGACACCGACACCGCUACGGCCACUAAGAGACAAUUCGGCAUUGUCCAAGAUCACCGUGGAAGCGCCCUGGAUCGACGACAGUGAGCGGCGAAGGAAAGCUGAAGUAUUUUUGCGCUUCAUUAACCAGGAAAGACAAGAACACAUAGCAGGAAAAGGUGUCGCUACAUUUGUUCGAUAUAUGUGUGUUGAUCCGAAAUAUCAACGUCAAGGGUUUGGCAAGGCAUUGAUGUCUUGGGGCUGCGAAAGAUUCGAUGAAGUAAAAUCAGAUGCGUACCUGGAAGCCUCAUCUGAGGGGCAGGGGCUGUAUGAGAAAUUUGGCUUCAAAGUGAUUGAGCCUCAUUCGUAUGGUGAAUUUGAAGAUGGGAUCAAGCUUAACUGGUCGCAUAUGUGGAGGGAUGCGAAGAAGUGAAGCUUUUCCCUGGUCGAUAGUGUAUUCCAAUC